UUUGUGGAUAUGGAUUUUCGCCAAUCCAAUCAAGCACUUGCCUCCACAAAAAAAAAAGAGAAGAAAACAAGAGCACCUGUAUUCACUGCCACUAAUUGAAAAGAAAAGAAAAUCUUGCUAAAGAAAGCAAAAAAGUUUGGCAUGGCUGCAGUGGGCAUAGGUGGAGUAGUAUUCCACUCGGAACUGAAACUUAAGCCUUUAUCUUUGUCGAUACGAUUGAAGAAACAAUGGAAUUCAAGGACAAUUUACGGUAGCUUUGCUCAUGAUCUUUUUGUUGGAGUUGGGGAUGAUAUUGUGUUGGGAAAGAAACUGGGUGAGGGAUCUUUUGCUUCUGUUUAUAGAGUUUCUUUGGCAAGAAAGCCAUCUUCAAAGGGUGCUGAUUUGAUGCAGAGUAGAGAGUUUCCCUAUAAUCACCUUAGGCAUUGUUCAAGCUCAGCGUUUGAAAAUGCAGGCAGGAGGCACCAGAUUCAAGUUCAACGAAAUUGUGAUUUUAGAGUGAAGGCACUCCCGAAUUGGCCAUUAAUAGCAGUAUUAGUUGAACAUAUAGAAGGUCAAAGAGACCUCAUAACUCACAAAUCUGUUUGGCACCUUAGUGAUGAAGCCAUGAAGAAUGUUUACACAUUUUACAUCAUGUUCACUGUUUGGGGAUGCUGUUUCUUCGGUUCUACCAAGGAUCCCUACUAUGAUUCAGAACAAUAUAGAGGAGAUGGAGGUGAUGGUACUGGACAUUGGGUCUAUGAGAAGCAAGAGGACAUUGAAGAAACAGCGAGAGCAGAGCUGUGGCGCGAGGAACUGAUAGAGGAGAUUGAACAAAAGAUUGGGGGUCUUCGAGAGCUUGAAGAAGCUGGGAAGAAGGAACAACUAGUCAAAUGAUCAUCUCUAUGUAUAUAGCCUCAUGUGCUAAGAACAAACUUUAUGAUGUUUCCCAGUUAUGUAUAUACAAUAUGAUUUUCAGUUCCAUAAUAAAGACAUAGAGGCCGUUUGAAUUGGCUUUAUCUGUUUUCAA